GGCGCCGGGGACCGGCGGGGGCGCGGGGCCCGGGACUGGCGGCCGGCCGGCGCCCCCUCCCUAGUAUGCGGACGAAGGCGGCGGGCGGCGCGGAGCGGCGUCCCCUGCAGCUGCGAACAGAGUCGGUGGCGGCGGCACCUGCCGGCCGAGCAAUGCCCAGUGAGUAUAACUGUGUGAAACUGAGAAGUGAUCGCUCGAGACCCUCUCUGCAAUGGUACACCCGAGCUCAGAACAAGAUGAGAAGACCCAACUUGAUACUUAAAGACAUCCUCAAGUGUACAUUGCUCGUGUUUGGAGUGUGGAUCCUUUAUAUUCUCAAGUUAAAUUAUACUACUGAAGAAUGUGACAUGAAAAAAAUGCAUUAUGUGGACCCGGACCGUGUAAAGAGAGCUCAGAAGUACGCUCAGCAAGUCUUGCGAAAGGAGUGCCGACCCAAGUUUGCGAAGAAGUCCAUGGCCCGGUUGUUUGAGCACAGGUACAGCCCGGACUUACCGCCUUUCGUGAAGGAGGCCCCCGAGGUGAAUGAAGCCGAGUACAAGUAUGAUCCGCCUUUUGGUUUCCGGAAGUUCUCCAGUCAAGUCCAGACCCUCUUGGAGAUACUGCCUGAGCAUGACCUGCCUGAACACUUGCGAGCCAAGAGCUGUAGGCGUUGUGUGGUUAUUGGAAGUGGCGGAAUCCUCCACGGACUAGCGCUGGGCCAUGCCCUGAACCAGUUCGAUGUCGUGAUAAGGUUAAACAGUGCACCAGUUGAAGGAUAUUCGGAGCAUGUUGGUAAUAAAACUACUAUAAGGAUGACUUAUCCAGAGGGCGCGCCACUGUCUGACCUUGAAUAUUAUUCCAAUGACUUGUUUGUUGCUGUUUUAUUUAAGAGUGUUGACUUCAACUGGCUUCAAGCAAUGGUAAAAAACGAAACCCUGCCAUUUUGGGUGCGGCUCUUCUUUUGGAAGCAGGUGGCGGAAAAAAUCCCACUACAGCCGAAACACUUCAGGAUUUUGAAUCCAGUUAUUAUCAAAGAGACUGCCUUUGACAUCCUUCAGUACUCGGAGCCCCAGUCAAGGUUCUGGGGCCGAGAUAAGAAUGUGCCCACCAUUGGUGUCAUUGCUGUCAUCCUAGCCACGCACCUGUGUGACGAAGUCAGCUUGGCAGGCUUUGGAUAUGACCUCAAUCAACCCAAAACACCUUUGCACUACUUCGACAAUCUCUGCAUGGCUGCCAUGAACUUUCAAACUAUGCAUAAUGUGACAACAGAGACCAGAUUCCUCGUCAGGCUGGUCAAAGAGGGUGUGGUGGAGGACCUCAGCGGAGGCAUCCAUUGUGAAUUCUGAGCACAAACAAACCUCAUCCGACAAUGCAGCUCCGACUCUGAGGGCUGGUUUCUCAGAGCCUUCUCCAUGACUGCAUCCUGCAAAUCCUUUGAAGUGCAGCCGGUGUUUUUAACUUUUAAUUUAAAAAAAAAAAUGAUAAGUUUCACUCUGUCCCCACUAUUUAUUUGAGGUCAGUGUUUUUGCACAACAUUUUGUAAGAUAAUUUUGAGAACUGACUUGGAAAGACUUUUCAAAGAGACUUGUAUGUAAUGAUGUUUUAUUCUGUUUUAAGAACGUUAUUUAAUUUGUAAAAACUCUGUCUGUGUCUACUGCACAUAGAAUACCUGGUAACUGAGUAGAAGGAGAAUGGAGGUCACUCCUUCCUUGAGAGCCCUGAAUGCCAGAUUCUGGUUCCCUGUCACUUUUUGGCGGGACACAUGUCUGAGGCGCUUCCGGAAUGACGUGCUCAGUAACUAAACCAUGGGUACUAGGUCAGCCGUGCUGCUGCGUGAGGCCUGGGCAGGUCGGAGAAGUUCCCGGCCCUUCUCUGUUGGUCUGCCUUCUGCCAGAAGACUUGUUGCCGUCCACCAGAGGAUCUGUCCCUGGCCAGAGAGGGACACAGAAGAUAUUUUCUGUAUCUUCAGAAUAUACAAAGCCACCCGGGGCUGCAGAAGCAACUCUCUCCCCUGAAAUGAUGACAGCUCUUGAAUUUCCCGAGAGGUUUUUUGUUUUUUGUUUUUUGUUUUAACUGCCCUUCCAAAGCACUUAAAUUAGUUAGUCGGUGGCUUAUAAAAUUUAGCACACAAUCUCUGUCCUCCAGAGUUGUAGAAGGAUAAACCCUUUCCAAGAAUAGUCACAUUUUCUGAAACACUGAAAUAAAAUCCUCCCAGUGUUAUAAAUUGCCUAUUAAAAAAAAAUUUUUUUUUUUAAAUGCCUACCUGGUGGUGUGUACCAGGUAGUGUGCAGGUCAAAAAAAAAAUAGAAUAAAAGCUUUUGAGGAGCUCUCAUAGUCUACUUAAUUUGAGCACUUAAAAAAAAAGAGAAGUCUGUAAUCUCCCCGAAAUGUCCUUGAAUGCUGCUAGGUGGAGACGUCAGUCGGGGAUGCUGGCAGGGAGUGACCGUGGAUGGUGCCUCAUCCCGCCAGGGGGCCAUACCCCAGACAGCUGGUGAGGGACUCUUGGAGAGAUGUCAAGUGCCAGUGGCUUCCUCCCAGAACACAGGCUUGUUCGGGCUUCUGUCUUGGUCAUCUGAGGGUCAGCAGCUACUUUGCUCCCUUCCUGCCCUGUCCAGUCCUCACCUGCGUUCAUCGCCUCUGUGGUCCUGGUCCCCUGCAGCUCUGCUGUCUUCGGCAUCUGCCCCCACCCCCCGGCCCAGCACACUCAGGGGGGGGAGCCCGUCACAGCACGCACACAGGAGCCCUUGGAUCUCUGGGGCCCUGGGGUCAAGCUCAGAGUCGCCAGCAUCACCAAAUAGUAUUUCUCUGGAUUGGUGACUUCACAUUUUCUAUGGAUUUUGCUUUCGCUUUUAUAAAAUACUGUUUCAAAGAAAAUACUUGGAAAUGUUCUCCAGCUAAGUGACAGCAUUGAAACUUGAGACUCAGGAAGAUUGUCUAUGGCUGGCUGUGACUCAGGGAAGGCCAGCCCUUCCCUACCCCAGCCCUCAGCUCCAGCCCCUCAUCCUUCAGGGGCUACUUGAAACCUGAUUUUUCUUUUCUUUUUUUUUUUUUUAACAGUUUGAAGCCAGAGUUUGAACUUCCUUAGACAACUUCCCCAUGGGCUCCCGUGGACUCAGGUACCACUGCCGUGCUGGGCCGCCGGGAAGUGUGUGGCUCCCGGCCCGGCACCUGGCAACUUACAGCCCAUGUCAGUCCUGGGCCUCUGCUCACGCCUCCUCUGUACAUCCCUUGUUGCAUCCUUACAUGGCUUUUGCCAGGCCUCUCGCUUUUGAAUUCCUAGCAGGGAGGAAGUGCCCAAAGUGCAUAAAAAGGCAUACUUUUCUCAGAGAACUUUCGUGGUGUCCACCAGCCGGUUGGAGUUGAUCAGAGACCAUCUUCAAGAACUUGGAGCACUUUGGCAGCUGUGUGUUAGAAGUGCCUCCUGGGCUUGCAGUUCCUCCUCCUUUACCCCAACCCCAACACACUCACCCUUAGGGGAACUCACCUCUAGGUACUUCUGGAUGUCACAGGUAGAGCGCCAAUAACAGGCUUCAUGUCACCCUCCGACUUCGUAGGUGCACGCACAUCCCUCUCGUGUGGCUGUGGUCCUUGAUUUUGAAGCAACUGAGAGUAGCUUCCACAUGUUCUGUAUUUUAACAUACAUCUUACUGGAACUUUGGGCCACAGAAAAUUUCAGUGGGUUGAUGUUUGGUUUUUUGUUUUUUUUUUUUUCUUUUUCUUUUUCUCUCCUAUAGAGAGGAGAUUGUCUCCAGAAACCUAGGCUGGCCUUAGGAAAAUGCCUGUGGACUGGAUGAGUAUCUCCCUAUGAUAUGGGUCACGUUUUAAGGCAAAGCUGAAUUGGAUUUUCUAGACAACCUCAUGCAUUUUAGGUAUUCCCCUUCCUUUCAUGGCUUCUUUGUGUGGCACGGGGGUUUUCAUUUCCCAAGAAUGUAUCGAUAAGGCAUUGGCGAUGUCUGUUUUCACGAUUUGGGGGGUGUCAUCAUUUGUUGGGCCCAUUAGUUAAAAUAAGUUGUCAGACCAGCUUUUUGACUCAACUGCUCGUGUUAAACAGGGAUGAGCUCAGUGUAGUUUGCGUGACUGACACAGAGGCUCAGUUGUAAAAAAAAAAAAAGUCGUCAUGCCCCAGUCUCCUCAGGAUAUCGAAGAUUUCUAAAACCAAGGACCACUUCGUUGUGGCUGUAUUCCAACCCCAGUGCUCUGGGACUUGAUUAUCAAAGGGAUUGUUGACUUGGCCUUGUUACUGUCUCAAGAGACCCUUUUAGACCAGCAUCAUAGGAAGAUUAAGAAACGACGACUUAUUCUCCUCCUUGGCAGGUUUACAGCACAGUGUGGUCUACCUUUUCAUCUUUUCUCUGGGACUCUUCAAUAAAGUCCAUUGAGAAGGAAGAAAAGGACUAGUUCCUGUGAGUUAGCACAGUUGCCCCUGGAAUGCAGUGAGCUUUUAGUAAGCUUGCAGAACCAGCAGGAACCAUGUGACACCCCGCCUCCCUUCCAUUCACACGCGGUAACAAAAUGCUUCUCUCAAACAAAGGAGCCUGUGUUUGCUGCCAUGGGACCAAUGCCUUCUCCCCAGGCACUGACCCUCCGUGAGGGCAUGCCCAGAUGACCACACACUUGCCUCGAAGACUGUAACACAAAGGACAAAGGGAAGCUGGUCCCAGGACACAGAGCACCAAAAUACACAUCUUUUUCUGUCCUUCCCCACUUCCCAAGGUCAUCGUAGGCCACGUGGAUUUGCGUGCUCAAAACAUGGUAUUUAUCUUCCUUUAAUUACAACCAACACUCAAUAUAAGACUGAAGUAAACUGGGCGGGAGAACUAUUCAUUACAUGUACACUAGCAUGUCAUGGACUAGAAAUUAACAUCCCCCCACAAAGGAAAUUGCAGUCUUGGUAGUUCAGCUAUAUCAUUAUAGAAAUGAUUAGAUUUGACCAGUUCCCAAUAUUAAAUUUCAAUCCACUGAACAGAGAAGAAAAGCAUCCAUCUUUAGAGGGCUACAGUAGAACAAAAAGUAAAGGCUAUGAGAUUUGGCUCUAACUUUUUAUAAAAGCAGAUCUCUCCAGUGAGCUGUGUCAGUGAAACAUACAGGAAGGGAGACAAGUUUACAAAUUUCCUCUGGAAAGAAGUGAGCCGUCAGGUUUUGAGUUGGCCUUUGUGUGCCUAGAAAAGGAGUGAAGUGAAUUGUCAGAAAAUGCAAACAUAAAAGAAAUCGAAUUUUCACUAGAUACCCCACAGAAGCAGUACUUGUAACGGAUUAUACACCAGAAAUCUGGUAAUUCCUAAAAGCAAUAUAUUUUCACUCUCCUGUUACCUGACUUAAGUUUUUUUUAACUUCUUGAAGAAAAUUGGUUCCAAGAAAAAUUGAUAUUUAAAACAAUGAGUUCAUUUAAAAUGUUGAUUAGGUCCUUGACAGGAAAGACCAUGCUACACUACCAGGCAAUGACGUGAAUGUGACAGGUGACAGAAGACAGCAUGGCAGUGAGGGCUAGUCGAAGGCGAUUAGGGACAAGAGUCAGAUGCAAAAGUCGUUUUGAAUGGGCUGGUUAACGUAUCAAGAUAUCCUAUCAGCCUGGUCCAUUUGGGUUGGGAAGAAAUUGAAUAUCAGCUCUAAAGCAAUGAAAAUUCGAGAGGACCUCUGUAAUUAAGGGAUGAACUCUCUAGAGACAAAAUUUAUCCUUUAUUCCAUCCAUAGCACCUAUAACAAGGCCUUGCCUAUUCUAGAACACAGGUAACUAAAGCAGUAAAUGAACACAUCACUUUUUUUAUAUGUAAUUGUCUUAGUGACUUAAAUGAAUCUUAAAAGAAUAUGCCAGAAGCUAAAUAGGCCUGCUUACUGGCUAUAUACAUAUCCAUACAUUGCGGAAAACCAACUUAUUACUGAGACUUCCAAAAUAGGUGUGUGCCCUAUCUUUUCAAAGGCCUGCUGUAUUGUUAUGACUGAUCAUAAGAAGUUUAUGGAGAUCUUCAUCUCCGUUUCUGACAUACCACUCCCUAAACCCUUGGAAUUUCCCAAGUCUUGAGAAUGAUUAAGAUGUUUUGUGUUAUGUUAAUGAGAUGCCUUUUGGAAAGCACCUGAGGAUGGGGACACCAUAGGAAGCAACCAAGUGUGUUUCCUGCCACCCACCCUCCCACCCACCCCAGACCUCUGGGGAAUAGAGAGGGGCUGAAAAUUACAAUCAUUCACCAAUGGCCAACGACUUAAUCAACCAUGCCUAUGUAAUGAAGCCUCUGCAAACCCCUAAAAGGAUGGGGUUCAGAGAGUUUCUGAGCUGACAAACAUAUGGAGCCUGGGGAGAGUGGUUCACCUAGAGAGGACAUGGAAACUCCCAGCCCUGUCCCUCCAUACCCUGCCCAAUGCAUCUCUUCCAUCUGGGUCUUCCUGAGUUCCAUCCUUUUAUAAUAAACCAGUCAUCUAGUAAGUAAAAUGUUUGAGUUCUGUGAGGUGCUCUAGUAAACUAGUCAACCUGAGGAGGGGCCCUUGGAGAUCUUUGAUUUAUUGGCCGGCUGAUCAGAAAUAGAGAUAACUACCAGGGCUUGGUGCUUUGCAUCCUGAAUUGGAGGGAUUCACUGGAACCUCCAAUUUGUUAGCCAGUUGGGCGGAAGCCCAGGUGACAAUCUGAGCUUUGGACUGGUGUCACAAGUGGAGAGGGCACUUGUAGGACUGAACCCUCAAGACCUCUAGGAUCCGAGGCUGUCUUCCAUUGGAUGGUGUCAGACUGGAGUUGAAUUCUCGCACACCCUGCCAAGGUUGGAGCAUCGCCUGUUGGAGGUGUGGGGCAUUGAAUUUGGAUGAUCAGAACACAAAAGACCUGCCAAAGUGUAUCAAAGUGUGGAUGUAGGGGUUGGUGUUUCACACUGUAAUAGGGAAGGUUUUGUGUCAAAGGGUUUAUGUUUUGUAUUCACGGCAGUCGGUUUAUUAUAUAGUAUUUGGAAACCAAGAUAAUAUACCUCCAUUGUAUGUAUGUACAUAUUUGUCUGCCUUUUUUGUUGUUGUUGUUAUACAUCAUUUACUCGAUAAAGCCUAUUUAAAAAGA